CCAAUAGUGACUUACACACAGACCAAUAUUUCAGUCAAAUUCCUGACUUUGUUAGGAAAAUAUUUUUAUGAAAAAAAUAGAGCAGAAAUUGAAGAAAUUAACUUACGUCAUGGCUGGUCCUUUAAACUUACAGGGACAUUUUGAUGAUGAGAUGUCUUCUGAAAUCGGGUUUCAGGAUCCAGAUCAAGAAUACCCACAAGAAUAUCAACAAGGUGAUUCACAAGAAUUUCAAGAGCAUGAUGACGCACCUGAAGACCCUGAGGACCUUGAUGAUGGUUUCGAUGGUCUUGAUGCCGCGGAGGAGGUUGAUAUUCAUCUACCUGCUGAGGAUCUGAACAAUCCUCAGAAUGAAGAUGACGAUGAGGGUGAUGAUGAUGAUGAUGAUGAUGAAGACGAUGAUGAUGAUGUUGCUGUUGGAGUUGGUGGAGAAGGUUCUUAUGAUCCUAGUCAAUAUAAUAACCUGAAUGUAGAACCUGAAGUAAAAGAUCUGUUUGCUCUGAUUCUUAAGUACACACCGCAAACAAUUGAAAAUGAAAUGAAAUUUAGACCUUUCAUCCCGGACUAUAUUCCGGCGGUUGGAGAUAUUGACGCGUUCAUCAGGGUUCCCCGACAUGAUGGAACUCCUGAGAUGAUCGGGCUCAAGGUUCUAGAUGAGCCUGCAGCUCAGCAGUCCGAUCCUAGCGUCCUGGAACUUCAAAUCAGAGUUGUAUCAAAACAAUCUGCCAGCACAAGUGCGCGAGUGAAGCGAGUCGCUGGCGAGCAGAGUAAGGACGUGGAGAAAUGGAUUCGAGAUAUCAGUGAUCUGCAUCGUUCCAAACCAAACCCAACUGUGCACUAUAAUAAACCCAUGCCCGAGAUUGAUUUAUUGAUGCAGGAAUGGCCGGAGGAAUUUGAGGAUGCUUUAAAUACUUUGAGUUUACCAACAGCUGGGCUCAAUAUCGAUCUUUCUGCACAAGUUGAUAUUAUGUGUGGACUACUUGAUAUACCAGUUUACAGGAGCAGAGUUCAGGCUCUUCAUGUUCUGUUUAGUCUUUACUCAGCUUUCAGGAGUAAUCAGUUUCUGGGAGAUAUGAAGGAUGAAGGGUUAUAUCAGAACUAGAACUUAUAGAACCUCUAUCUCGGACGUAGCUUUAAAAAUUAAUUAGAACUGCGGGUAUAACAAGAACACAGAUCGCCACAAGCCUAUGUUACAACAAGAACAGCGGUCAAGACUAGACCGAAACUAAAAAUCUUGAGUAUAACUAGAACAAGAACCUAUCACACCGUAAACAAGAACAACAAGAACAAGAACCUUGUUCAAAACUAGAUCAAGAACCUCGGUCACGACUAAAAAACUAAAACCACAGUCAUCCUAUGAACAAAGACACUAUGACCACUAUGACAAGAAUCUCGGUCACAACUAACACAAGAGCCCCGUCACAACUGAAACCAUGACCCCGGUCACAAUUAUAAAAAGAAACUAAGACCCUUGGUCACGACUAGAACAAUAACCAGACCGAGAACCACUGUCACAACAAGAACAAGAGCCAAGGUCAAAACUAAAACAAGAACCUUGGUCACGAGUAGAAGAAUAACAAGAACAAGUACCGCUAUCACGACUAGAACAAGAGCAACUGUAACUACUAGAACAAGAACUAGAACCACUGUCAUCACAAGAACAAAAGUCACAGGCACGACUAGAACAAGAUUAUUCGUGACAAGAAUCAAAGUCACAUAUGUUAAAUCAUUUCAGAGAAUUACCCAACUUUAAAAGUCCCAUCCAAUUAUAUUAUGUAUCUAAUAGCUUAGUAACCUAGCACUGCAAAGGUUACUACAAGUUACUCCCGCCGUUUACCCGCACUUGAAGGAUUUUACAGGGAAAUUAAAUUUUCGACACACUUAACAAACUCAAA